AUGCUGUUGGAAAUCCAAGGUGUGGGAAACCUUUGCUUUGAGGAGGACGGUGUGAGGCUUGGGCAGUGGCGCUAUCAGGGCGAGGGGCAAGGAGCCUACGAGAAAGUUGAGGACUUAAAAUACGUCGGACAGGGUCGUGGCUCGUGGGAUCGGGAGGUCCUCCCAGCUGGUUGGCGUUGUCGGUGGACCAGCCUGUGCCUUUGCUUCUUGGUGCUGAUAGCUACUGCACUCGCCGUGGCUUAUGCCAUGUUCGGGUCGUUUCUUUUCUCGCCGAGCAGAGGCCAUUCAGAUGUCUCAGGUCUAUCGUUCGACUGCUCGGUGGAGUUGGAGCACUGGGAAGCCUUUUGGACCGACGAGAAGAAGGCGUACUGCUGUGGCGUUGUGGGCCACGGAUGUGCAGCAGCACCGUUUGACUGCAACGCAGCAAGAGCAAAUUGGCAGGCUGCGUGGUCAGAGGAAAAGAAGAAGUUCUGCUGCAACUUUGAUGGUGGCUGUCCUGAUCACGGAGCCAAGGAGUUUGACUGCAGUGGCACCCAGGGCGAUUGGAGUGCUGACAAGAAGGAAUGGUGUUGCACGGGCACGAUAAAGGCUGUGAAGCUGACGAACCUUACGAUUGCCGAGCCGGCGUGA